AUGGGAAGCAUAAGAGCGGAGACGGCAAAACGGCAAGCAGCGGUGUCGCACAGGAGACAGCAGGAGCCCGAGUACGGAGAGACGGAGACUGCAAGAGAGAAGGAGAACUUGGGGACCAAGAGAAGAAAGGAAAAGAGAGCAGAGAAGGAGCAGAUGAAGAAAAGGAGAAGAGCGAAAAGGGAAGGAGAGGAAAGAGGCUGGAAAAGAGAAAGGGAAAAGGAGCGAGAGAAUCUCUGCCGCCGCGCUGCGUGCCGCCUCUUUUUCCCGCGAUGCUUGCAACCCCCAGAGAAGGAGAAAACCGACGAAGCCUCGUUUUCAGACGCGCCUCCAGCCGUGCUCGCCGAGACGCCUCGCUGGCCUGCUCUUUUUUCUCGCGUUUUGAUCCCCAUCUUCCUCCGACCGAGUCUCGCGCGCCGCCGCCGUAAAAACGUCAGCCCAGGAGCAGAGGAAAUACCGAAGAAGGAACAGCAGAAGGAAAGGGAGAAAAAGAACAAGGAGAAGAAGAGGAAGAACAAGGAGAAGAAGAGGAAAAACAAGGAGAAGAAGAGGAAAAACAAGGAGAAGAAGAGGAAGAACAAGGAGAAGAAGAGGAAAAACAAGGAGAAGAAGAGGAAAAACAAGGAGAAGAAGAGGAAAAACAAGGAGAAGAAGAGGAAAAACAAGGAGAAGAAGAGGAAAAACAAGGAGAAGAAGAGGAAAAACAAGGAGGAGAAGAGGAAAGACAAGGAGGAGAAGAAGAGGAAGAACAAGGAGAAGAAGAGGAAAAACAAGGAGAAGAAGAGGAAGAACAAGGAGAAGAAGAGGAAGAACAAGGUGGAGGAGAGGAAAGACAAGGAGAAGGAAGAGAAAAGAAGAGAAGGGAGAAGAGGGAUGUCGGUUGCAUGGAAUAUGUCGGAGGCUGUGGCGAAUCGAGAGGCAGUGGAGGAGCCCAACGCUUCUCCACUGCCCGAGGGUUGCGACGGAAUCUCCGACAAGUCUUCGCUUCCACCGGCGCUUCUUGCAGCGGCCGACCCCUCUCCUUCAGAGACGCGGAGCGAGCAUGCCUGUGCUGUUGCUUCGUCUGUGGCGAAAUCUCACAUUCCGUCGUCGCCCACAGCCUGGCACUCCGGCGCCGCUUCUUCGUGCGCCUCAUCGUCUGCUCCUACUUUGCCACCUUCUUCGCCGUCGCUCUCGCGGGUCUCUUCCGGGUCGCCGUUGGGGCAUGCUCCCUGGACGGGAAAAUGUCGCUCAUCCUCCUCUCUCUCUCUGCAGCCUGAUUCGCCAAACUCCGCGUCGCCGUCGGUCUUUGCCUCGCGAGGCUCACCAGAGGCGACCGCAACCGAAAGCCGCGAAGGUGACAGCCUCGCACGCCGCCCUCCCCUCAAUUUCUUCUCGCCCCUCUUCCCGCCAGGCUGUCCGUACACCCCGCUCGCCCUCCUUGGCACCGGCGCCAUCAGCAGAGUCUUCCAGUGUCUCGACCAAAGAAGAAACCCUCCGACAUUUGUCGCCGUCAAACUCAUUCGAAAGCAAAUUCUGAAGCGAAACCCCAUUCUCCGUGAGCAAGUGAUUAACGAGAAAGAAGCGCUCCGUCGUCUGAGCGUCCCAUGCCCUCGCAGAGGGAGCGAUGGUUCUCUUUCUCUCUCUCCCUCUUCUACCUCUGCUUCUUUUUCUCCCCCUUCAUCUUCUCCCCCUUCAUCUUCUCCCCCUUCUUCUUCUCCCCCCUCUUCUUUCUCUCCCUCUUCGUUUCCUCCUUCUUCUUCUCCCGCUUCUUCUUCUUCUCCUCCCGCUUCUUCUUCUCCCGCUUCUUCCUCUUCUCCUCCCGCUUCUUCUUCGCCUUCUUCUUCUUCUCCCUCUUCUUCUUCUCCCUCUUCUUCUUCUCCCGCUUCGUCUUUUCCUUCUUGCGGGACGGAGCAAAACAAAGAAGGCGGACAUCUCGGCGAUGGCGAAAAGCCAAUUGCUCGUGAAGGCGGCAGGAGGGCGACGGUCAGCGAGUGUGCAGAAGCCGCAGCGGCGGGAGCGCGGGGACUGUCUCCGAAGCGCCAGGAGGACGAUCGCAGGGGUGGACGAGCGGGCGAGGAGAGAGAAGGCGAGGAGGACGACCGGACGAACCGCCACCGUGUCUGCCCGUUCAUCCCGCGUCUCCUGCAUGCGUUCCAAGACGCGCAGCGUCUGUUUCUCGUGAUGAACCUGUCGGGCUUCUCCAACCUCCAGGAGAUUCUGCACCGUGUCAGCCCCGCGCAUGCAGACUCGCCCUCGUUCCCGAUCCAGCUGAGCGACAUUGCGGCCAAGACGUGGACGGCUGAGCUCGUGGGCGCUCUCGAGUGGUUUCGGGAGCGCGGCGUGGUCCAUCGUGACCUGAAGCCACGGAAUCUCGUCAUUUCCCCGGAGGGCCAUCUGUGCGUCGUGGACUUCGGGGCCGCACUGCUUCUUCCCGCGGACGGCGAGGCGACCGAGAAGCGGGCUAAAGGGCGAGGCGCUCUCGCGACAAAGAUGUCUCGUGGAGACAGUCCCGAACCCCCACAGGAGACACCCUCGCCCCGUCGGUCGUCGCCUUUUACUCCUGAGCCGGCUCUCGCUUCAGACACUCCAACGACAUCUGCCCUCGCAGCGUCGCCGCCUCUCUUGCCGGCUUGCGCUUCCGCUUCUGUUCUGUCUCCUUCCUCUCUUCCUUCUUCCUCUGCUCCUUCUUUCUCUUCCUCUGCUCCUUCUUCCGCUCCCUCUGCUCCUUCUUCCGCUCCCUCUGUCCCUUCUUCCUCUUCCUCUCUUUCUUGUGCCUCGACCGUCUCGUAUGCCGCAGGCUCUUCUCGAGCGGCAUCUCUUGCCUCGGCUUCUGGGGAGUCCCCGGAUGCCGCCGCUGCGACUCGCGGGACGGGGCGCGAACGAGAAGCCCGCGUCGCUGUGCAUUCCGAAGAGGCGGAGAGGGCGGGACAAGAAAAUCCCGGCAGGGAGAAAGACACGCCGGCCGAGCACGGCGACGGCGGCGAGGGGGCGCGGCCUACGAGGCUCGGAGACGAAGCGCCUCCACGAGCUGCCUCGGCAGUGAUCUCAGACUGCGCUGGGACGUGCCUCUACUCGGCGCCCGAGUGCUUCAUGCAGAGCGCCGGGACGCGAAACGGCGAGGCCCCGAAAGCCAAAAGGCCUGACGGCUGCCGACCUGUCGGAAACAAGAGAGACUCUUGCGACAGCGAGGCAGACGUGGCAGAAGCUUCUCUGUGUCGUGCCGGAAGUUCCCCGGGAUCGGGAGAAGCUCUUCCCUCAGAUGCGCGUCCCAUUCCCACACCUGGGUCUCCCCCGUCCCCUUCUCGAGCCUCGGAUGCGUCCGCGUCGGCGGCUCUUCCGUCGAUCCACUACGCGUUGGAUUUGUGGUCCCUGGGGUGUAUCGCGUACGAGAUGUUGUGUGGGCGUCCGGCGUUCGAGGCUCAGGUUCCGCAGGAGACCGUGGAGAAGAUCUUGACCGGGACUGUCGAGUUUCCCCCUUUCCUCGCGCCCGACGCUCGCGACUUCAUCUCGCGUCUCCUGGUCGUCGAGCCGACUGCGCGCCUCGGCUUCCGGGACUUCAACGAGCUAAAGUUUCAUCCCUUCCUCGCCCCCCUCGGCGAAUCGAUUUGGCGCCUCCCCUCCGUCCCCCUCGUGCGCCUCUACGAUCGGAAACGGCAUCGCAACCUCCAAGACCCGUGCCGGGGACUCCCCGCAGCCGACGCCGCUUCAAACGCACCCGCCGCCGGGGCGCAAAAGCGAGAGGUGGAACUCGAGGGCGAAGGCGGUGCUCUGGAACCCGGAGCCUGCGGCGGGACGCAGACGCUCGACGAACCAAGUGAAGACGCGUCGUCGCAACUUUCUCACGUUUUCAAUCAAGGCGCAGAGAUGGCUCUUGAGCGUCAAGCGCCGGAGCACUCCAGCAGCCUCUCUCAGGCGGCGCCUGCAGUGGGCGCUUCGGCGUCGGCAUGCAGACCCCACCACGGGGUACCGCGCCUCCAGGAUCCUGUGCAUGCGAGUCGCGACACACGUGCCUCGUCGCCUUCGCCCUGCUGGGGUUCUUCCGCGACUUUCGGCCAGGAGCGAGUGGACUCGGGACACGCCCACGCCAGCGGCAGGCGCUCCGACGCGUUUCCGCUCCGCUCCGAAUUCCUGCCUUCCCUGCCUGCCUUGUACGUCGCAGACGAGGACGGGAACGGGGACCUCGAGGCGUCCUUGGAGCUCACUCCCUCUCUCGGUUUCGGCGCUUCUUCGCUGCGCUGGGCCGCGACUGGCCAGGUUCCUGCUGCGCCUGCGGGCUUUCCGCGGUUCGCGCACACGCUCUUUCCGUCUGCGGUGGGGAGUCAGGUUUCCGGCGCGCAGGAGGCGCAUGGGGAGGAAGACGGACUCGACCGCGAGGACGCUCGGCGCCUGCCACCUGUGUGGAGGCCCGCGGGCAGACACGCUCAAAUCCCUCCGGAACGGAACGGAGACGGGGAGGCAGACGCCACAGAGGAAGAGCGAGGAGAAAGGAACGAAGAAGGACCGAGCGAAAGAGGGCGAGGAGGCGGGAGAGAAGGAGAAGACGUGGGGGCGUCUGAAACAGGCCGAUCCGAUGCGGAGCGCAGGCGAGCGCAGGCGAGGCGGGCGGCGAACGGGAAAGACGAUGUUGAGGGUUCGAGAGAGAAGGAGAUGAGAGCCAGAUCGGCGCGGCGGCGGAGUAGAGAAUGCAUGAGAGACGGAUGGAGACAGCGUGGAGAGAAAAGCGAGGCGGGACGGCGGAGAGGCAGCCGAGAACCGGAGGGAUGCUCGUGGGGAGCCGCGGAAGAAAGGGUGCGAGAAAGACCCGGGACGAAUGGUAAGCGAGCCUGCCACGUGCGGAACGCAGACGGAGACAACUGGUGGGAACGCGAGACAGAGCCCUGGUUUUUCCGCGGCGAAGAACGGUCUUGGGAAAACCAAGCAGAUGCCCGCCUCGACGCCCCGUGUCCGGCUGCAUCCGACCUGUCCCCAGCGGACUGCUUCGGGAGGGAGGCGUGCAGGGUUGAACAGUCUCCGGGCGACCUCACUGCGUUUCUCCACGAGGGCGAGAGGGCGGUCUUCUGGGGUCCUCUCACGCUCAUGCAAGAAGCCGCAACGCUGUUUGAGCGCCUGUGGUCCGCUGGCAUUCGUCGGCGAGGGUACCGGCUGCACGGGAACAGUCGAUCUGCUCUCGAGCCCGAACCCUGCCUCGCCGUUUUGACGGAUGUGCCCCGGCUUCUUCUGUUGGAUCCUUUCAAACUGCGACUACAGAAAAGCAUUCUUUUGAGUGGCGACGGACUGGCCGUGGCUGCCGAGGGAGGCGACGUCCUUUUUUAUCAAUCGCCGCGCUAUUCCUUGCUCUUCCUGGACGACCUCGGCCAGGCCGAACUCUGGGCGGAUGUGAUUAACCGCACCGUUCUCCUCCGAGGCCGCUGGUCGCCGUCCGGGAGUCCAGUCCGCCCUUCCUCUUCCUGCUGUCGCCGCUGCUUCACGCGCUGGUCUCCUCGCCGAGGCGCCUUCUCCUUCGCUUCCCAAGGUCGUGAGGCAAAGACAGCCACAGCGACGCGCCGGCAUGGCGAAGAUGCCCAGGCACCAGAAACGGCAGCGACGGGAGACGGCAGGCGCUUUGGACAGAGCAGCCGGAGCGGAGAGGAGAGGCGAGUCGGAGGGCGGCGGCUGUCGGCAUCGUAUACUUUGGCGCGCCCGACCAAGGCGCAGAAGUGGGGAGAGAGAGAAGGGAGCCUGGCAAGCGAAGGUAGCGAAGGUAGCGAGAGCAGGCGUUGCCACGGUGACGCCGAGAGAAAGCAGAGCAGAGAGAAAACGCGGAUUUACGAGAGGCACGUGUCUUCUGUUUUUCCUGGACGCAACGGUGGCGACGCCCAAGAUGCCAGAGAGAGCAAGGCCACCUGGCUGCUGAAGCGCCGCUAUUCGGCUAUUGAAAGAUCGACAACUGCGUGGGCAGAUGAAGAUCAAAGGGUAGAAGACUGGGACCCGUUCUCUGGAGAAGAGAGCGAAACGGAUAAAACUGAAGAUGUGCGGGGAAGCGGAGCGAGUGGAGCCGCCGUGUUCCUGCGCGACGCUGAGGCGAGCAGGAAGCAAACGCCUGCCUCGGUGUCUCAUUUUCUACUUGGGAGGGCGAAAAAGGUCGGAAAUGCCGCCGCAGGAGCUGUGCGCGCCCUCCACCGGAAAUGGCUCAGUGAAACCGAUUCCGAUUGCCGCCCGAGAUAA